CUCUCUCUCUUUCCGGCGAUCGGAGGCGGCGGCGGAGGAGGAGGAGAAUCUCCGGUGGGCGGCGGAGGCGGCGAGGAGCGGUGGUGGCGAUGUAGCAGUGGGAGAGGAGUGGGAGCUGUUGGAGGGGGGUGAUCUCGUCUCCACCUGUGAGGAGGGCGGGCUCGGCGGAUCUAGGGUUCCGGUGAGCGGCGGCGGCGGCGGAGUAGGGUCUUGUGGGCGAGGCGCGAUGUACGUGGCCCCUCCCCCCCGGGGCUCCGAUCCGGCCUCGGAGGGCGCCGCGGAUGGCGAGGCGCCUAGGGUUUACGAGGUCUGGAAGGGUAGCAAUGUAUUUUUCCUUCAGGGAAGGUUUAUAUUUGGACCUGAUGUGAGAUCAUUGUUUCUCACCAUCUUCAUGAUUGUUGCGCCAGUUUUGGUUUUCUGUGUCUUUGUUGCCAGAAAACUGAUGGAUGAUUUUUCCCAUCAUCUGGGUAUAUCCAUAAUGGUGGUAGUAGUUGCAUUUACAGUAUAUGAUUUGACUCUUCUUCUUCUCACCUCUGGGAGAGAUCCGGGCAUCAUACCACGCAAUUUACAUCCUCCAGAACCCGAAGUCUACGAGGGAAGCUCAGAAGUUGGAGGUAUUCAGACCCCACAGCUGCGUUUGCCUCGAAUGAGGGACGUCACUGUCAAUGGGAUCACCGUGAAGAUCAAGUACUGCGACACCUGCAUGCUUUAUCGGCCGCCUCGCUGCUCCCACUGCUCCAUCUGCAAUAACUGUGUCGAACGUUUUGAUCAUCACUGCCCAUGGGUUGGGCAAUGCAUAGGACUUCGGAAUUACCGAUUCUUCUAUAUGUUCGUAUUCUCGACGACACUCCUUUGCAUCUAUGUAUUUGCAUUCUGCUGGGUAUACAUUGUUAGGAUUAAAGAUGCUGAGCAGACAUCAAUCUGGCGAGCAAUGUCGAAGACUCCUGCUUCCAUAGUAUUGAUAAUUUACACUUUCAUCUCGGUGUGGUUUGUGGGGGGUUUAUCUGUCUUCCAUUUCUAUCUCAUGGCCACAAACCAGACGACUUAUGAGAAUUUCCGAUACCGUUACGACCGACGUGCCAAUCCUUACAAUAGAGGAGUCGUGGGGAACUUCAUGGAGAUCUUCUUUACGCGCAUCUCUCCCUCCAAGAACAAAUUCCGGGAUACAGUUCCACGGGAACAGGGAUUAUUAAAUCCGCGCUUGACUGGCGGCGGUUUCAUGAGUCCUAAUAUGGGUAGAGGUGUAGGGGACAUCGAAAUGGGCCGAAAGCCUGUUACAUGGGAUGAACCAAGAACAGCAGCCGACAUUGGCGAUUUAGAAGCUGGAUUGGGCAGCUUUCUUGAUGAGAAGGAUCGUGGCGCAAAUUGCGGGGUAAGCGAUGCAUCCCCUGAUUUAACGAGAGAGGCCCUUCAAUCCGAGGCCUUUGAAAAUCGCGCCGAAGUGCACGCGAGGCGUUCAAGCUGGGGCCGAAGGAGCGGGAGUUGGGAAGUAGGUCGUGAAGUAGCCCAGGAGUCAAAUCAGGUAGACGACGAAAGUGGUAGCGGUGGUGCGACUGAAGGGCAUCGGUGAAGUAACUCAAUUAGGGUUUCUUGUAUGUUCUUCAGUCUCCCCUGUGUGCAACUGGGGAGAUUCCAGUAAUUGUAUCACUAGAAAUUUCCAACCGACUUGUCGGUUUUCCUUUUCUCUAAGUUUGCUGCUUUCUACGGCAAUGUGGUGGCUGUUUCUAGAGUGGUUUUAGUUUGUGCUUCGGUGGAUUUGGUUUUAUGUGCUCUUUAACUUUGGUUUGGUUUGGUGGUUGUGUAUAUAUAUAUUAUCGGAGUGGUAAAUUUAGAAACAUGGGUGUGCUCUAGCCGUAAUGUUAUGCUUAGAAGUGUUUUUGACAUUUCUUCACAGUAGUAAAUCUCUUUAUUUA